UGACUAAGUGACAGAAACGUAUAAAAGCAGAUCACAGACCUGUGGUUGAUCACGCUGUUCAUUCAGACAGAGAGGAAGUGAUAACAGCAGGCCAUCGAUCACCAAGUGAAGACGAGAUGUUUACACAGAGACUAGCACGUCCGGAUAUCUGCUUUUCCGCAGUGAUGGCUGCGCUGCUGCUCCUGACCACAUCGGGACAAUCGGCGACUGUGAAUGACACCAACAACACCACGGCCUCUCCUGCCCUGACGACGCAGCUCAGUAAUAGCAGUGCAGAAGAACCCCUGGUUCUCAGUUUUCACCGGCCGUGUGGAGACGAACAUCCUAGCUUCUGUCAGAAUGGAGGCCAGUGCAUGUUCUCUCAGGACAGCAACAAACAUUUUUGCAUCUGCAAGUCCUCCUACAGUGGUCCACGCUGCCUCUUCCUAGAACCCAAUCUGUCUCGGUCUCAGCACAACAUGGAGCAGCUGAUCGGCAUCGUCUUCAGCGUGCUGCUGGUCCUCCUGUUCCUGCUGUUCCUUCUCUACUGUUUUGCCUACAGAAAGUGUAAGAAAUCAGCAUCACUAAUAAAAUCUCCGCCAUCUGAGACGUCAGUGUGACCACUGCUGUUA